AUGCAAGCUCCGACGCCGGGACCCGGCACCGCCGGCGACGAUGUUAUAUCAUCUGUCCGGAAAAAAAUAGAGAAAGAGAGAAUGCUAAUAACCGCUGCACGCUCUAUGCGACAGUCUACUGACAAUGCUAGCGUACAACAACGUCUUGACUCUAGCAUUCGGGAGUCACAAUCGAAUAUCAAUUAUCUCGAGGGUGUCAUCCGGGACUUGCAGAAUAAGCGGAUGCAAAAUAUAUCCGCUGGAAUAGACAACAUAUCCCUCAAUUCAACUAAUGCCUACUCCGAGAGCCCUCCUACUCCACCGCCUAAAAAUCAAAGGGAUUCCUCUCACGAGCCUGACCCGGUGUAUAAUGCAGCACCCGGAGGCGGCCCGAGGCCCCCCUUUGCACAACCCGGUCCAGGCCUCCAUAAAAGCAGACCGACGUACUCGAAACUCGACCUUAUCAAAUAUGAUUCACCUCAUCUCGGCCCGCGCAUUACAUUGAUGUUAUCCCAGUUGGAAUUCAAACUGAGCGUAGAGAAACAGUACAAGGAAGGGAUUGAGAAAAUGGCCAAGCUCUACCAGAUGGAAGGGGACCGCCGUAGUCGAGCUGAUGCGGAUUCAAAACGAGUCGAAAGCAAUCAAAAAAUACAUCUUUUAAAACAGGCUCUUAAGCGCUAUGAGGACCUCCAUGUUGACGUGGAAGGUGAUGCCCAAGGAGACGACGACAGCAUAAAUGCGCCAAAUAUUCGACGACCCUUGACCGGGAGGCUACACAUCAAGAUUUUAGCAGUCAAAGACGUUGACCAUGCGGCUACGUCGCGUUUUGGAAGGGCCCCAGAAACCUUCGUUACUGUCAAAGUCGAGGACGUGAUCCGGGCCAAAACGAAGCCGUCGAGAAACGAGCGUUGGGUCGACGAAUCAAAUGAAAUCGACGUUGACAAGGCAAACGAAAUCGAAAUAACCGUUUAUGACAGAUCUGGAGACCACCAUCUACCAAUUGGCAUGAUGUGGAUUCGCCUGUCUGACAUCGUUGAAGAGCUCAGGCGGAAACGUAUUGAGCAGGAUAUUUCAGCUACUGGCUGGGUUAGCGCUGAAAACAUGGAAGCUUCAAGCCACGGGAACUAUUCAACCCCAUUAAGUACACCGCAAUCCACAGCCUCAUCAGGGGCACCACAUACUGCUACACCUGGGAACAUACCACACGACCCCGAGGAACCAAAGCCGGUUUUUAUCGACGCAUGGUUCGUUCUUGAGCCCGUUGGACAGAUUCAGCUCCAGCUCAGUUUCGUUAAAUAUAAUAAAAAUAAGCGACCCUUUGAUGUCGGACUGAACCGGAAGGGGGCUGUAAGGAAGCAAAAAGAAGAAGUUCACGAAACAUACGGCCACAAAUUCGUCCAGCAACAAUUCUACAAUAUUAUGAGAUGCGCUCUUUGUGGGGACUUUCUCAAGUAUAGUGUCGGUUACCAAUGCGAAGAUUGCAAGUACACCUGCCAUAAAAAAUGUUACCCGAAGGUUGUGACGAAAUGCAUCUCUAAAUCGAAUGCCGAAACGGAUCCCGAGGAAGAAAAAUUGAAUCACCGAAUCCCCCACAGGUUUGAACCCACGACCAACUUCGGUGCGAAUUGGUGUUGUCAUUGUGGCUACAUGCUCCCCGUGGGCAAAAAGAAUGCUAGGAAAUGUACAGAAUGCCAACUCACCUGUCAUGCACAAUGCGCCCAUCUGGUGCCCGACUUUUGUGGGAUGUCGAUGGAGGUCGCGAAUCGCAUUCUGAGCGAGAUUGGGAAAACGAAGCGCAAUGGCGUGUCGGGGCCAGGACACAUGGCAGACAGAACUCUAAGGACUAGCCAAGUUCCACUUGUCUCCCCUCGACCUGCGUCUGUUGGCAGCGAGACGCUCGUUGAUUCGAUAUCUCCGGAAAAUCGAGUUACACCAAUACAGACACAGGCUGGGCAAUCUCCGACAUUGUCAGUUUCGAGCCAGCCAGCUGUAUUUGACCCCUCUGGCCACGACGGCAAAGGUGCUUACAACGCCGCCGCCAAGGCUUAUGGGCCGUAUAGUCCGAUACCUCCGCCCCCACCUCCGCCCCCACCUCAGUCUAGGCCGCAGUCUACUUCAAUAGCUGCAGCUGCAGCCGCUGCAGCCCUUGGUGGAAGGCCCAACACCACCGGACGACAGGAACCAGGCUAUCGCCCAGUAAGCCAAGUCCCGUAUAACCCAUCGACCAUGCCGAAUUCGACCCCCGUUUAUCAACCGGCGCAGGCUACGGUGAAUCCUCUUGACCAACAGCGGAUGUCUAUUGGGUAUAUCCCCCCCUCCCCCACCCCCACCCCCGCAAGCCAACCCGUCGACCCCGAUCCAAACAUCUAUACAACAAUAUCCUCCAAUUGGAAUCGCGGCGCAGAAUAA